AUGGAUGACAGGUUCUACCCGGUGAUCUUCCCAGAUGCAAGGAAUUUCCGCCCCUUCACUUCUGACUCUCUGGCUGCAAUCGAGAAGCGGAUCGCCAUCCAAAAGGAGAAAAAGAAACUCAAAGGCCAGACAGUGGCAGAGCCCCAGCCUCGACCUCAGCUUGACCUAAAGGCCUCUAGGACAUUGCCCAAGCUCUAUGGGGGCAUUCCCCGUGAGCUGAUAGGGAAGCCCCUGGAAGACUUGGACCCAUUCUACAGAAAUCAUAAGACAUUUAUGGUGUUGAACAAACAGAGAACAAUCUACCGCUUCAGUGCCAAGCGUGCCUUGUUCAUUUUGGGACCUUUCAAUCCAAUCAGAAGUUUAGCCAUUAGAAUCUCAGUCCAUUCAUUGUUCAGCAUGUUAAUCAUCUGCACUGUCAUCAUCAACUGUGUGUUCAUGGCUAGAGGUCACGGAAAGGACAGCAGUAACAUAAACACCGAAGGUGCCGAGUAUGUCUUCACUGGGAUUUAUAUUUUUGAAGCUUUUAUAAAAAUAUUGGCAAGAGGUUUUGUUCUGGAUGAGUUUUCCUUCCUUCGAGAUCCAUGGAACUGGCUGGACUCCAUUGUCAUUGGAACAGCGAUUGUAUCAUAUCUUCCAGAUAUCAAUAUCAAUCUGUCGCCCCUGCGUACCUUCCGAGUGUUCAGAGCUUUGAAAGCAAUUUCAGUAGUUUCAGGUCUGAAAGUCAUUGUGGGGGCCCUGCUGCGCUCUAUGAAGAAGCUUGUCAACGUGAUGAUUCUGACCCUCUUCUGUCUCAGCAUCUUUGCCCUGGUAGGUCAGCAGCUCUUCAUGGGACAUCUGAACCAGAAAUGUAUCAGGAUUGACUGUAAGAAUGUCAGUCACCUUGCAGACUAUUGCUUUGAAAAGAAAGGAAAUUCCUCUGAAUUCAGAAUGUGUGGCAGCUGGUUGGGUAGCAGUGCCUGCUCUGACCAAUUUAAAUGCAUCCACACCAAAAUUAAUCCUGACUAUAAUUAUACGAAUUUUGACAACUUUGGCUGGUCUUUUCUUGCUAUGUUCCGGCUCAUGACCCAAGAUUCCUGGGAGAAGCUGUAUCAACAGACCCUACGUACCUCUGGGCUCUACUCAGUCUUCUUCUUCGUGGUGGUCAUCUUCCUGGGCUCUAUCUACCUGCUUAACUUAACCCUGGCUGUCGUCACCAUGGCUUAUGAGGAGCAGAACAGGAAUGUAGCCGCAGAGACAGAGGCCAAAGAAAAGAUGUUUCAGGAAGCCCAGCAGCUGUUAAAGGAGGAAAAGGAGGCUCUGGUUGCCAUGGGAAUUGACAGAAGUUCACUUAAUUCCCUUGAAGCAUCAUCUUUUUCUCCAAAGAAAAGAAAGUUCUUUGGUAAUAAGAAAAGGAAGUCCUUCUUUUUGAGAGAGUCUGGGAAAGACCAGGCGCCAGGAUCAGAUUCUGAUGAAGACUCCCACAAAAUGCCACACCUCCUAAAGCAAACCAAACGACUGUCCCAGAAUCUGUCACUGGACCACUUUGAUGAGCAUGGAGACCCCUUCCAAAGGCAGAGGGCGCUGAGUGCUGUCAGCAUCCUCACCAUCACUAUGCAGGAACAAGAAAAAUUACAGGAGCCUUGUCUCCCAUGCGGGGAAAACCUGGCAUCCAAAUACCUUGUGUGGGACUGUUGCCCCCAGUGGCUGUGCAUUAAGAAGACCCUGAGAACCGUGAUGACUGACCCCUUCACUGAGCUGGCCACCACCAUCUGCAUCAUAAUCAACACUGUCUUCUUGGCCAUGGAGCAUCACAAUAUGGAGGAGGGUUUUAAGACUAUGUUGAAUACAGGGAAUUUGGUUUUCACUGGCAUUUUUAUAGCAGAAAUGUGCUUAAAAAUCAUUGCUCUCGAUCCCUACCACUACUUUCGCCGAGGCUGGAACAUUUUCGACAGCAUCGUUGCUCUUCUGAGUUUUGCAGAUGUGAUGAGCAGUAAAUUUGUAAAACAAAGUUUGCCAUUCUUGCGUUCCUUCAGAGUGCUGAGGAUUUUCAAGUUAGCCAAAUCCUGGCCAACUUUAAACACACUAAUUAAGAUAAUCGGCCAUUCUGUUGGAGCCCUUGGAAACCUGACUGUGGUCCUGGCCAUUGUGAUCUUUAUUUUCUCAGUAGUUGGUAUGCAGCUUUUUGGCUCUAAAUUCAGUUCCCAAAAGAGUGAAAAAUCUUGUGAGCCUACAGUCUCAUGUUUACGGCGCUGGCACAUGGAGGAUUUCUACCACUCCUUCCUGGUGGUAUUCCGCAUCCUCUGUGGGGAGUGGAUCGAAAACAUGUGGGAAUGUAUGCAAGAAGCUGACCCAUCAUUGUGUGUUAUUGUCUUUGUGUUGAUCGUGGUGAUAGGAAAACUUGUGGUGCUCAAUCUCUUCAUUGCAUUAUUGCUAAAUUCCUUCAGCAACGAGGAGAGAGAUGGAAACUUAGAAGGACAGGCCAAGAAAACCAAAGUCCAGUUAGCCCUGGAUCGGUUCUACUGGGGUUUUUGUUUUGUGAUGCGCUCUCUUGAGCAUAUCUGUCGCAAGCGGUGCAGGAGGCAAGACUUAUCAAAGCAAAAAGAGGUGACAGGAGGCCCUGCUCCAGAGAGUAAAGAUAUCAUUCCCCUGGUUGCAGAGAUGAAAAGGGGCCCAGAGACCCAGGAAGAGUUUGGUGUACUAAGCUCUGCACCGAAGGCCUUGGGCAUCAGGCAUGAUCGGACUUGGUUGGCCCCACUUGCAGAGGAAGAAGAUGAUGUUGAAUUUCCUGGUGAAGAUAAUGCACAGCCCACCACACAGCCUGAGGCUGAAAGACAGGCCUGUGAACUGCAUCAGGAGACCGGGAAGCCCACCAGCCCAGGUGUUCAAAGUGUGGAAAUUGACGUUUUCCCGGAAGAUGAUGCUCAUCUGACCUUACAGAAUCCCCAAAAGAAAUCUGAUGCUACCAGUGUGCUCUCAGAAUGCAGCACCAUUGAUCCACAGAAUACCUUUGGAUGGUCACCUGAAAUGGUUCCCAAAAAGGAACCAGAGAGAUGUUUGCCCAAAGGCCUCUGUUGCUGCUUCCCAUGCUGUAGCAUGGACAAGAGAAAGUCCCCCUGGGUCAUUUGGUGGAAUCUGCGGAAAACCUGCUACCAAAUAGUGAAACACAGCUGGUUUGAGAGCUUUAUUAUCUUUGUGAUACUGCUGAGCAGUGGGGCACUGAUAUUUGAAGAUGUUUACCUUGCUGAACAACCCAAUAUUCAAGCAUUACUAAAUUGCACUGACAUUAUUUUCACAUAUAUUUUUAUCCUGGAGAUGGGUCUGAAAUGGGUGGCCUUUGGAUUUCGGAAGUAUUUCACCAGUGCCUGGUGCUGGCUUGAUUUCAUCAUUGUCAUUGUCUCUGUGACCAGUCUCACUGACUUAAAAAACCUGAAGUCCUUCCGAACCCUACGAGCACUGAGGCCUCUUCGAGCACUGUCUCAGUUUGAAGGAAUGAAGGUGGUGGUCAAUGCUCUCAUAGGUGCCAUACCUGCCAUUCUGAAUGUUUUGCUUGUCUGCCUCAUUUUCUGGCUCAUAUUUUGUAUCCUGGGAGUAAAUUUUUUCUCUGGAAAAUUUGAAAGAUGCAUCAAUGGAACAGAUACAAACUCAGUUAUAAAUUAUACCAUUGUUGCAAACCGAAGCCAAUGUGAAAGUGGGAAUUUCUCCUGGGUCAAAAUGAAGGUCAACUUUGACAACGUGGGGAAGGCUUACCUCGCUCUCUUGCAGGUGGCAACAUUUAAGGGCUGGAUGGAUAUUAUGUAUGCAGCUGUCGAUUCUAGAGGGAAAGAAAAUCAGCCGGGUUUUGAGGAGAGUCGAAGCAUGUACCUUUACUUCAUAAUUUUUAUCAUCUUUGGCUCAUUCUUCACUCUGAAUCUCUUUAUUGGUGUUAUUAUUGACAACUUCAACCAACAACAGAAAAAGAUAAGUGGAGAAGACAUUUUUAUGACAGAAGAACAGAAGAAAUACUAUAACGCAAUGAAAAAAUUAGGAUCCAAGAAACCUCAAAAGCCCAUUCCAAGGCCUCUGAGCAAAUGCCAAGGUCUCGUGUUCGAUUUAGUCACAAACCAGGUCUUUGACAUCGUCAUCAUAAGUCUCAUUAUCCUAAACAUGAUUAGCAUGAUGGCUGAAUCAGAUAACCAACCUGAAGCCAUGAAAUGCAUCCUUGAGCGUCUCAACCUGGCUUUUGUAGUCAUCUUUACAAUAGAGUGUCUCAUCAAAAUCUUUGCUUUGAGGCAAUACUACUUCACCAAUGGCUGGAAUUUAUUUGAUUGUGUGGUUGUGCUUCUUUCUAUUGUUAGUACAAUGGUUGCUGCCUUGGAAAACCAGGAGCACAUUCCUUUCCCUCCAACACUCUUCAGAAUUGUCCGCUUGGCUCGGAUUGGCCGAAUCCUAAGACUUGUUCGAGCAGCACGAGGAAUUAGGACCCUCCUUUUUGCUCUGAUGAUGUCCCUUCCAUCUCUAUUCAACAUUGGUCUUCUACUCUUUCUGGUUAUGUUUAUUUACGCCAUUUUUGGUAUGAACUGUUUUUCCAAAGUGAAGCCAGAGUCUGGAAUUGAUGACAUACUAAAUUUUCAAACUUUUGCUGGAAGCAUGCUCUGUCUCUUCCAGAUAACCACGUCAGCAGGCUGGGAUACCCUCCUCAGCCCCAUGUUGCAAUCAAACGACACAUGUAACCCCUCCUCGGAGAACUGCCACCUCCCCGCCAUAGCCAUAACCUAUUUCGUCAGUUAUGUCAUCAUAUCUUUUCUCAUUGUUGUCAACUUGUAUAUAGCUGUGAUUUUAGAGAACUUCAAUACAGCCACGGAAGAAAGUGAGGAUCCUUUGGGUGAAGAUGACUUUGAUAUAUUCUACGAAGUAUGGGAAAAGUUUGACCCAGAAGCAACACAGUUUAUCGAAUAUUCUGCCCUUUCUGACUUUGCUGAUGCCCUGCCUGAGCCUUUGCGUGUGGCAAAGCCAAAUAAAUUUCAAUUUCUAGUAAUGGACUUGCCUAUGGUGAGUGGCGAUCGCCUCCACUGCAUGGAUAUUCUCUUCGCAUUCACAACUAGGGUACUGGGUGACUCCAAUGGCCUGGAUAGCAUGAAAGCAAUGAUGGAAGAGAAGUUUAUGGAAGCCAAUCCUUACAAGAAGUUAUACGAACCUAUUGUCACCACCACCAAGAGAAAGGAAGAGGAGAGAGGUGCUGCUAUUAUUCAAAAGGCCUUUCGAAAGCACAUGAAGAAGAUGAGCUUGUGUGCCUUGGAAGACAGGCCUCAUUCACCACUCCAGACACUCUGCAAUGGAGAUUUGUCCAGUUCUGGGGUGGCCAAGGGCAAGGUCCAUUGUGACUGA